AAGCAACAAAUAGAGAACAAAAUUCGACUAUUCUCACUAUCAUGUCAUCGCAUUUCAAUUUCUUCUCCUCACUGAAACAGGUUGAAAAGAGGUUAAAAUUAGACCAAACAUCAGCAGCAAUAGAAUCUCAGACACAAGAAAGCACUUUGGGCUCUCCCAUCUUCCUCCAAUCUAAUUGUAGCCAGAAUUGUCCCUCCCAAGACAGCAGCGAACCUCCUCAAGCAUUCCUCUCCCUUCCCCAAGAAUUUCCCGCAACCUAUCAAAACCCUUCUCAAAUAGAUCAUGUUAUUCCUGUAAAUGAAGCUGAAGACGAUGAUGAUGAUGAUGAUGAUGAUGACAUUGAGCAGUUAAUGCAGCUUUUGGGGUUAUCAGAUAAACAAGAACAAAGGGGUGAUAGUUUUAAUGAUUGUGGUUCUUGUCACUGUGAAGGUGGAUUUUAUGAAAAAGUUGUUGGUGUGGAAGGGCCAAAGUGUAGGAAAGAGGUGGUGAGGUUAGAUGGGUGGAUCAAGCACUUUCUGAAUGGUGGUGGGGAAGAGAAGCUAGAGCCCUUGAGAUUGGCACACCUGCUUUUAGGGAAAGCCGCUUUUGUUUCUGAUGGUGGUGCUUAUGGAGAAUUGGACUUCCCUUCAACCAUUCGAGAAUUUCUUCAUACUGAUCCUUCCUGUAAUUGAGGCAACCCCUUUUUCUUGUUACACUUUAGCUUUGGUGUCUACUUUAUGGUAUUCUUCUUUCUAAGUGUUAUAUGCAAAAUGCAACUCUCAAGAAGCUUCAGAGCCUUGAUGACUAAUACAAAACUUAGAAGAUUCUUUCACCAUGCCCCUUGGAAUACUGGGCUAUUAACUUCAAAUUAGUUUGUUAUUUUUCAUUUCACAUUAACUUCAUUAUCUGUCUAUUAAGAGAGGACAUUUCACUGUGUAAGGUAAAUGAGAAGAGAGUUAAUGCAAGGGUUGGAUAGAGUAACUUUUUGCUUAGUUUUGUUAGUUCGUCUUAUUUCUUGUAAGAUUAUUAUUAUACAGUGUACUCGGUAAUUUUCCUGGUGGAAUUGUGAAAAUUGUUAAUGAAUAUUC